CCGAGCUCCGCCUCGGCCGCCGCCAUCAUCAUGGCUGCUUCCCCGGACAAGUACUCGGUGCUGCUGCCCACCUACAACGAGCGCGAGAACCUGCCGCUCAUUGUGUGGCUGCUGGUGCGCAGCUUCCAGCAAAGUGGAAGUGACUAUGAAAUUAUAGUCAUAGAUGAUGGAAGCCCCGAUGGGACACAGGAAGUUGCUGAACAAUUGAUAAAGAUCUAUGGAUCAGAUAAAAUUCUUUUAAGGCCUAGAGCAAAAAAACUGGGAUUGGGGACUGCUUACAUUCAUGGAAUGAAACAUGCUACAGGGAACUUCAUUAUUAUUAUGGAUGCUGACCUCUCACACCAUCCAAAAUUCAUUCCAGAGUUUAUCAGGACACAGAAAGAAGGUAACUUUGACAUCGUUUCUGGAACUCGAUAUAAAGGAAAUGGAGGUGUGCAUGGGUGGGAUUUAAAACGAAAAUUGAUCAGCCGUGGAGCCAACUUUGUAACUCAAGUCCUACUGCGGCCAGGCGCAUCCGACUUAACAGGAAGCUUCAGGUUAUAUAGAAAAGAGGUUUUACAAAAGCUGAUGGAGAAGUGUGUUUCAAAAGGAUAUGUUUUCCAGAUGGAAAUGAUUGUCCGGGCAAGACAACUGGGUUACUCUAUUGGAGAGGUUCCUAUAUCCUUUGUGGACCGAGUCUAUGGAGAAUCUAAAUUAGGAGGCAAUGAAAUUGUCUCCUUCAUAAAGGGACUGUUGACUUUGUUUAUGACUACAUAAAAUGUCUUGAAUGUAUCUUUACAUUGGACUGAAUAAUUUUAUUUUUAUAUUGUCUUGUAGAAUCUUGCUAAGUAUUUCUUGUGGCUAAGAAAGUCAUUGCUAAUUUUUUAUUUUUGGGGAAAAUAGUGCAAUGCAUACAGUUCAGCAAGCAUUAUUUAUUAACUGUGAAUAAUUAUCUCUUGUGUCAUAUCUUCAGUUUAAACAAACUUUUAAUAAAUGAGGCCCACUCAUUAUAUGGCAUUUACAUCUUUUCUUUAAAUAUCCUUUCUUCUCUGUAUGAAGUUUGCAUUCUUAUUUAAUAAGAUUUUCAUUGAGUGUUGAAAAAUACAAUGUAUUAUAAAAUUGGUUCAUUCUGGCAGAGUUAA